AUGGCCCAUCCCGCCUUCGUCCCCAGCUAUGUCAUUGCCUCGUUUGUCCUCGGCCUGGUUCUGGUAGCAUGGAAGCUGCGCAACCUGGGCCGAAGACCCGCGGGCCUGCCACCAGGGCCUCCUACUCUUCCCCUACUGGGAAACCUGCAUCAGAUGCCAACUUCCAGUGCCCAUAUACAAUUCCGCAAAUGGGCCGACGAAUAUGGGCCAGUCUACUCGCUCAUAUUGGGGACCAAGACCAUGAUCGUUCUCUCGUCCGAUGUUGCCAUCAAAGAGCUGCUGGACAAGAGAGGCACCAUAUACUCGGACCGGCCGGACAUGUAUCUCAGCCAGACGGUGGCCAGUGGCGGCCAUAGACUGGUGGUCAUGAGAUACGGCGACACCUGGCGAAUCAUCCACAGGCUCAUCCACAACAUCUUGAACAUCAAGGUGGCGGCCAAAUACAUUCCCUACCAGGACCUGGAGAACAAGUUCAUGUUGGAAGGCCUGCUGGACACGCCGGAGAACCUCUUCAACCAUUUACGGCGCUUCAGCUUCUCGCUGUCCACCCAGAUGAUCUUCGGCUACCGCUGUCCUCGAUAUGACGAUCGCCGGCUGGAGGAACUGUUCUACACCGUCGAUGGAUGGGGCCAAGUGUCUGAAAGUGGCACCGCCCAACUGGCCGACCUGUAUCCGAUUCUGCAAAAGCUUCCUGCCUUCCUGCUCCCGGCUGUCAACAAGGCCAAGCACGUCAAUAAAGUGGGAACGGCGCUCUACAAGGGAUUAUGGCUUCAAGCGAAGGAGGAUCUUAAGAAAGGGACUGGAUUGCCCUGCAUCUGCAACGAUCUCCUGCUGGCUCAACAGAGCGAGGGCCUGUCCGACGAAGCUGUGGCCUACAUCGUCGGCUCGCUGCUCGAGGGCGGAUCCGACACCACAUCUGCCACCAUGUACGGCUUCGUGCAAGCCAUGCUAGUCUUCCAAGACGUGCAGAAGAAGGCACAAGAGGAGAUUGACCGUCCCGACCGUCUACCCACCGUGGACGACUAUCCCAACCUCCCCUACAUCCGAUGCUGUGUCAAGGAGAGUCUACGUUGGAUGCCCACCGUCAUUCUGGGCGUGCCUCACCGCGUCAUGAAGGACGAUACCUACAAUGGCUGGAAGAUCCCCAAAGAUUCGACCAUCAUCAACAAUGUCUGGGGCAUCCAUAUGGAUCCCGACCGGUGCCCCGAGCCACGUCGGUUCAACCCGGACCGAUUUGCCGGCGACUCGACGACGCUCUAUGAAUCGGCGCACGGCGAGCCGCUGAAGCGCGACAAUUUCAACUUCGGCGCCGGUCGCCGUCUAUGUCAGGGCAUCCACAUCGCCGAGCGAUCCCUCUUCCUGGGUCUGUCGCGCAUUCUGUGGGGAUUCAACCUCAACAAGGCGCUCGACAGUGCCGGGAACCCCAUCACGCCCGACAUCAACAACCUGAUCGGCGGCAUCACCGUCCAUCCCAAGCCGUUCGAGAUCGACAUCCAGCCCCGAAGCCCAGAGCGCACCAAGAUCAUCCGUCAAGCCGUCAAGGACUGUGAAGAGCUGGUUUUCCCUGAUUCAGGCCAGUGGAAGAAAGUCCCCGAAGGCAUGGUCUUUGGCGCUUGGAAGCCGGCUUGA